CAACCCUAGAAUUCCGGUCCCUGCCAUGGCGGCGGCGGCCGACCUCCACCAAGAAAUUCUCGCCCGUAUCUUCCUGCUGCUGUCGUGCAUCGCGGACCGCGUCAGGGUGUCCGCCGUCAACAGCCAUUGGCGAAAGGCCGCGCUGCUGAAUCCGUCCCCUCUGCCAUGGCUCCUCAGGCCGUCCGGCGCCCGGAUCGCGAGCUAUCGGAUCUUGGGCGGCUUCGCCGAUCCGCGCCCGCUCCUCUCCGACGAGGGCCGUGGGCCGCGCUUCUGCGGGUCCGCUCCGGGCGGCUGGUUCGUUGUUUCAUGCCGGCAGCAUCAGUGGCGAGGCCACGCCCUGCUUAACCUCCGCACCGGCGAGCGCGUCGCCCUGCCGGACCGGGUGCGUAUUCCCCUCGACUCCGGCGUCAUCACGUGCCCCAUGAUGAUCCGCGCAGCCGUCAUGUCCGCCGCGCCACCGUCUGCCGCCUGCUUCGUCGCCGCCGUAACUUCCAGCCAGACCAACCUGGCGUUCUGGCGCCCGGGCAUGGACUGCUGGUUGUCGGCGCCCGUGGGGAUGGGGCCGGCUCGGCGCACCGCCGAAGACAUCACUUACCACGACGGCUGGUUCUGCACCGUCGACUCAGAUGAUGACCUCGUCUGCUACAAGCCCGAGAUCGCCCCUGCUGGAGCUGGAGACGGCGCCUCUUCGCUUACCAUUCGACAUCACGCCUACGAAUUCGAUGGUCUCCGAGGGGCACCCUGGGAGAUAGUCUCCCGGUAUCUCCUGCCCUCUGCCUCCGGCGCCGAUCUGCUCAUGGUGAAAAGGUACAUCGCGCCGGCGAGAGGCGGCACCUGCCGGUUCCAGGUCUUCAGGCUGCAGGAGGGACUCCCACCUUCAUGGCGCGUUUACAAGAUGACCGGGCAGCUGCUGUUCGUCGGCCGGGCCUGCUCCAAGGCCUUCGACACGGGGAACGCAGGCAGCCCGGGCUACAUCUACUUCCUCGACGACGUCUACCAUGGCGGUCCGCACAGAGUCCUCCAGCAGAACGAGUAUCCCUGCGCCGACGCCGGCGCGUGGAGUUACUCAGUCUGCCACAAGAUCGAGCGCUGCCUGCCAUUGGCGCCCCCCUCGGACACCUCGCCGUGCAUUUGGUACCACCAUUAAUGAAUUGAGCAGUAUACCCAGCAGGCUCGGUUUGAGGCUUCACAUUCGUCGUUCGUCAUUCGUAUUUGCUCCUGGUCAAUGUGUUUCUUUGUUGUUGUAGUCGUGGAUGGUUGUUGUUGUAAUAUGCGAAACUGAAUGUUCCAUAUCCAGUUUGCUGUAUGUGUGUUCCAAAUUUGAAGGCUUUUUUCGAACUCA